UGGUUGGAGACGCGGCCCAGCAGGCAGCAGUGUCCCGUCUGUAAAGCAGGCAUCAGCAGAGAGAAAGUCAUCCCAUUGUACGGCAGAGGGAGCUCCAGCCAAGAGGACCCCAGGUUGAAAACUCCACCUCGGCCUCAGGGACAGAGAACAGAGCCAGAGAGUAGAGGCGGGAUGUUCCAGGGUUUCGGAGACACUGGCUUUCACAUGUCUUUUGGCAUCGGUGCUUUCCCCUUCGGCUUCUUCACCACAGUCUUCAACACUAACGAUCCCUUUCACAGAGCAGACCAGUAUGCAGGUGAUCACCAAGGCAACGGUAACCUCAACAACGGCAAUAACAACUGGCAAGACUCCCUCUUCCUGUUUGUGGCCAUUUUCUUCUUCUUCUGGCUGCUGAGCGUGUGAUGGAGCCCGGACAGGGAUGGAUGGAUGGAAGGAUGGAUAGACGACCGGGAGGGAGGAGCGCAAACAAAAACAAACAAACUCUCACACACUUAACCCGAGCCGCAGACACGCACUCAUUUUAUAUUUCCUAUCAGGUACUAACUUGGGAGAGAAAAUGGAGCAUUUGUGUUUGAUUUUCCAAAAACAUGAAAUACAGGAAUUUAUGGUUUUCUCCUCCUGGCAAAGGCCGAUUCACUUUAGGAUACUCAGCCCGCCCACCCGCUCACCCGCUCUGUUGAUUUUGUUUAUGCAAGAAAUAACCCCCUGUCGCCCCUCCCCACUCUCUCUACAUGUACCUGUAGAUAAAUGCACAGAAAUAUAAAGUUUAAGGGGCUCACUGUUGGGGGUUCAGAAACAGUAUUACUAGUUUAGGGUGAACUUAGUAAAGGAUCUUUUUUUUUCUCUCUUCGGUGUCGAGCUGCAGAAAAAGAGGGUGGGUGGAGGAUAAUUCGGGGCAGUGACUAAUUCUGUUUUUGGUUUUUCACGUCCCUCCUUGAAGGACUCGCUGGUGUAUUUCUUAAAUGGAGGGAGGGAGGCGCGUUGUGGAAGCGGGGUUAAAACAAAGAUGAGACAAUGUAGUGGUUAUUACAGCAACUCCAUCUUACUGUAAAAGGCCAAAGAGCGGUGGAUCGGUCACGUAAGAUGUAAUUGAAUUAUGUUCCUGUUUACAGUUUCUUCGUGAAAAGGAACAAGUACUCCAAGAAUUUGCAACUUACUCUUGAAAACAGACUGACGGACAGAAAUAGCAUAGAUGGAUGCAUUUUUCUUUUUAUAUACGUUUGUCUUAACAAAAAAACUGCCAUUGCACUGUGAAGUCAUUUGUGGACGGAGCUGUCCUAAAGAUAGGAGUGUGUGUGUGUGUGUGUGCGUGCUGGUGUUGAACCACUUGUUGCAUCUUUCCCCACAAAGCUGUACAAACGUAGAUGGAUGUACUGGUUUUUUAAAGUGGCCAGUUUGGGAGAUUUUCGCAUCAAGUGACUUGAGGGUAAAAACACACGCAGUUUAAUGGCAGAGAAAACUGUCAAGAGAGCUUAUAAAGUGGCUCGAUGAGACGCUAACCAGAGUUGAUGCUGUGUAACAAGUGAGCAUAAUCCUUUCAAUUAGACGUGGGUGUGAAAUGGUCAGCACACUAAGAAUUUACAGGAAUGACAAACAACAGUUCGAGGAACUUUCCGUCAGUUAACUUUUUUUUUUUUUCCUGACUGUAUGUGUCUGUCUGAGUGAGUGUGUAUACAUUAUAUAUUUGUAUAUAUGAAUAUUGUAAAUGACGUUUUUACGUGUUUUCUGAGUUGAUGACUAGCCACGGAGAGAGGAUGUGCGAGGAGGCGUCAAGAUGCUUUUGUAAAGCGAGAUCUGGUUCCUGGUUUUCAUAAAUUCCUUCCCUUCUACUCAAGAAAAAACGCUUGCAGCCCAAGUUAAUCACUCUUCUGCCAACCUGUCCCAUUAAUUUAAAUAAAUGUAAUGAGUGCAAAAGGAAAAAAGUCUGUCCUUCCCUGCUUAUGUGAUUUGAUAUGAGGAUACUGACGAUGAUUUAGCUGACUUGUUCUCUCUUAACUGACAGUGCACAUUAAAAAUCCUGUUUACUGUAAAAGUAACACAUUCAUCAUGUGUCACAACUGUGAAGCAAAAUGUGCUUUUAAAAAAAAAAAAGACCAAGAUUCAGCCUGUUCUGUGGCUUUGACUUGGAGAUUCUCAAUUUAAAAAUGUUCUAGUCUUGGAUUAAUCCGUGUGCAUCUGAACUAGGAUACGUCUAAUGAAUCAGUUUAUUAUUCACACCAGGGUCAGCACUGAAACUCCAUGCCCUCUGAGUUGGACAAGAUGGCUGCCAGGGCUCGUCAUUUCUUGCAUACUUGUCUGUUCAAGCUACACUUUGUAAUAUUGAGGCUUAUGUGACACUAAAACAAGUGAUGGAAGUCACGAUUUGCAAGUCUUCUGACAGACUAAACAUGGAGACAUUGUGCAAAACCAAAUGGUCUAGGAGAUUAAAACUUGAUAAAACACUGA